CAUCACACCUCGUCCCUUUUACUUGCCAGUUGUGACUGUUUAACCCACUUUACCUCCUUUUUCUGCAGCGAGCAACUGCAUCCUCCUCUUCUUCCUCCUCCUCCUCCGCUGCUGCAGCUCCCGGACUCUUCUCUCCUCUCUCCUCCCGUCUCUCUCUGCCUCCUGGCUUGUUUCUUCCCUUAAAAAAGGUUUUUCUGUUGUUGUUCUUUAGAGAACGUGAGCAGUUUUUCCAGUGCGGACACAUGACGAGCUGAUCUCCGCGUCUUCCUCCGCAGCCCUGACGAGCGGGUACCUGUCCAUGGUGCUGAGGGCGCACCGGCUGCUCCAACAUCCCCACGAACGCUCCUUCCUCCCGCGGCUCUUUUUCUCCUGCUCUGCACGGACACAUCGUUCCAGCAGCAGCCGGCUGAGGUUCGUGAAUCCAGAUCGGACGGAGUUGAUCCUGAAGGAGGCGAAGAAUCGAUUGUGACUCCAGCAUCGAUUCCAGGAGGACUUUUUUGUUGAAGACUUGACAGAAAAGAAGAGAAUCGGACGCAUGGUCGAUUUUUCCAACGCAACUUAGACUGGAGAUAUUUUCUCUGUGAAGGAACUGGACACAGCGGAUGAAUUCAUUUAAUUGUACUGUGUUGUAUAAAUAUUUUCCUUGGUGCUGAGAGGGGGAGUGUUUCUCCACUGCUGGAUCAACUGAGACAAAACCACCACUACACCUCCUCCCCGAAAUAAAACUUGUCCUGAAUACCAAAUGGUAGUUUGAGGAGGCCGCGAUCGAGACAAUGGAGUCGUCCACCAACGGGUCCAGUUUUGGGAUCGACUCGCUGCUAUCCCACAGGCCGGGAAGUCCGGUGUCCAAAGGGGACAGCCUGGUCGGGGAGUGCCGCUCGCCCCUGGAGUUCAGCCCGAGGUCGGACGUGGAGAGCGGCUGCUCGUCGCCUCCGUCGCCGAGGAGGGAGUGCGUGGACGAGGUGGCCCAGAGGCAAGGUCACGGCGUGGGCCUGCCGCCGCACCUGCAGCACGCACAGAUCUCUGCGGGGUCGCAGCAGAGGACCGUGACCUCGUCGUUCCUCAUCAGAGACAUUCUCGCGGACUGUAAGCCUCUGGCCGCCUGCGCGCCCUACUCCAGCAAUGGGCAGCCGACCCAGGAGGGGGGGCGGCUGGCCUCGAAGAUAGCGGAAGACUUUAUGGAGAAAAUCCACAGCAACUCGUCGUCAGACAGUGAAUAUAAAGUGAAAGAAGAGGGGGACAGGGAAAUCUCCAGCAGCAGAGACAGCCCUCAUGUGCGGAUGAAGAAGCCCAGGAAGGCCCGCACGGCCUUCACCGACCACCAGCUGGCGCAGCUGGAGCGCAGCUUCGAGCGGCAGAAGUACCUGAGCGUCCAGGACCGCAUGGAGCUGGCGGCCUCCCUCAACCUCACGGACACACAAGUCAAGACCUGGUACCAGAACCGGAGGACGAAAUGGAAGAGGCAGACAGCGGUGGGACUCGAGCUGUUGGCGGAGGCUGGAAACUACUCCGCCCUGCAGAGGAUGUUCCCGUCCCCGUACUUCUACCCGCAGAGCCUGAUGUCCAACCUGGACCCCGGGGCGGCCCUCUACCUGUACAGGGGCCCCACGGCGCCGCCGCCGGCCCUGCAGAGACCCCUGGUGCCGCGGAUCCUGCUGCACGGCCUGCAGGGAGGCAGCGAGCCGCCGCCUCCUCUGCCACCCAUGUCCGGCAUGCUUUCCCGGCCACCUCAGCAGCGGUGAGCCGGCCCCUGAGCACGAGCUCUGCCUUGGUUCUCGGCAGCUCGGGACUCAUCCGAAGAAAUAAAAAACAAAGACACGAAAAAGAUUUACACAAGACGAGAACUAGAAGAACUGAUCCGCCUUUAUCAAGGAAAAGAUAAAACGCUGAAUCCUGUGGACGGAGCAUCGGGACUGAAACUCAAUCUGUCCACGAGGGAAGACUCUUUUCUCUCGUUCCUUUGUUUUAGCAUUUUAUUUAUAACUUAUUUAUUUUUCAUUAUGAAUCAAAGUAUCUAAGUUAUGUAUUUAUUUCCACUUUCAGUAUUGUCUAUGGUGUUUUCCCCAACAGACGAAAUGUUGGUGGCACUUUGACCUAAGGUUCAAAGCUGACUUUUAUUAGUACUAUUGGUAUUAUUAUUAUUUUUAUGUGGACGUUCAUGGCGAACGAUGAAAUCUUCCAUGACAUUUGAAUAAGCUGUAGUCAGGUGAUCCAAAGCAACAAUGACUUCGUCUUUCUUUGUAAAUUCCUGAUUUGUUUUUCUUUAUCUGUCAUAAAACUGUAAAUAAGAAUAUUUUGCAUUUUAUUCGAAAGAGACAUGGUUUUAAAAGGAGACUUUCUUUUGUUUUAAUUUUUUUUUAGUGCGUCUUUUUUCAGACCACGGUGAUCCAGUUAACAUAAUGGGCUAGAUUAGCCACCAGAAACUAUACAAGCGAAGGAGUCAGAAUAGAAAAUAAUGAUGAUAAUAAAUAAAUUAAUACGCAUUGUCUGAGAGAGGAUGGACUUUCCUGCCUGGAGCCACACAAAGAAAGAAAUAUAUAAAGUCUUCUUCUUGUCCUUAGUUGAAGUUUUAGUAAAAAGGAGUACAAAUGUCAAGUCAUUUAUUAAAAAUAAAAAAUAAAAGUAGUUUUAUUCCCUCAGUGGGGUAAAUGGGGGAGGGGGGGGGGGGGGAAGCGACCACCUCAGUGAUGCUUUUAUUUUUUCGAUACACAAACCGAUUGGACUCGUCCAGGUGGAGCUGCCUGUUGAUUUGAUGUAUUUGAACAGACGUUGUGCAUUAUGUUAUUUCAUAUGACGCCGUGAUAACCCCCCCCCCCCCCCCCCCCAACUGUUAAUAUCUCCUUUGGUGAAAAAAACAUGUAUAUUGCAGAUAUCAAACUUGUGGAGUGGUUCUCGUAUAUUUCCUGGAUCGUUUUUUUUUUAUUUUGAUAUAAUUUGAUUUAUAUUAACUCUAUAGCUUCCCUCCCCAAAAAAAACCUCUCCCCGGAUUUCGUGAAAUUAUCUUUUUAUUUGAUGAAUUUCACAGCAAAGGUUGGACGGAAAAAAAAGGGGGGGGGGGAUUUGAUGUAAAAGAGAAUUACUUUUAUAAAUGUGGAAAUAAAAGUCUUUCAUUUAAGCACGUGGCCGAUGAGUAUAUAUAGAGAUAUUUUAUAGAGUCAGGAGGAAUCAACAUGUGGAGGGAAGCUGGUGGGGAUCACUCCACUUUAAACCUACCCGAGGUGGAAUAAGUACACAACAAUAAUAAUCAAGUGAAACCAACCAUAGCACAAACGGUUGCAGUUGUGAUGCUUCAAAUAUGACUUUGUCGAGAUUUAUUGAUAAAGCCUUUAGAAGCUGCAGUUUGAGGUUUUGUCAGGUUCUACUGUUAUUUUAUCCACAUAACAACAUGCAUAAU